UCCUUGUAUUUAGCAAACAUCAACUGCUUGUAUUGUUUCUUGAAUUGGCUCAUCGUUGUGCAUUGUUUGAGGUCCUUACUCAAUCCAUUCCAUAGUUUGAUUCCACAUACUGAAAUGCUAUGGCUAGCAUAACGUAGUCCUAGCAUAGAAGUGUUUCAAAUGGAGUUCUUCCCUAAGAUCAUAUUUCUCCUCUCUUGUAGAGAAGUAUUGGAUGACAUUUUUUAGGUAAUUGGUUAUUUUUAGCCUUAUGCAUCAUUUUAGCUGUUUAAAGAUUAACUAUAUCAGCAAGUUGAAGUAUUUGUGAUUUUAGAAAUAAGGAGUUAGUGUGUUCUCUGUAGGCGGCAUUGUGAAUUAUGUGGGGGUCAGAAAGAAAAUAGCUUCCUGGAUUAUUCUUAGAAGAGCUCAACUGCUGGGAAACGCUUUAGCGUGCACAUUAGCGCCUCUUCUGGAGGCUUUGCGUAAAAACAAUCCUUAUUCAGCCAAUUUUGCUCCCGUUUUUUUUCUCCCUGUAAAGCAAAAUCACAUGAUGUGUACUUUGUCAUAUGACGCUGAGGAGUGGACUGGUCCCACCUCAAACAAGCUUCACUGACGUUCUCUAAAAAAAAAAAAAAAAAUGAACAUAGCUGUCAGUGAUUUGUCAAGGAAGAGAUGCUGUAGAUGAACUUUGUCAGGAGAAGAGUUGUGGACCAUUAGAGGAGGAUGGACCGUCGGGCUCCUCUGCUCCUCAUCUCUGCCUUUUGCUUCGUAGGCGUGGCGCUGAGUCAGACCACACCCACUCCGGCAGCCCUCACCACCACUCUGUUGGAGAAUGGCACUGCUGUGACACCAACUCCUGUUCCUGUCAGCACCAGCACCACCUCCAGCUGCUCUGCGUUCAACACUUCCACCUGUGAGCCUUGUGCUCCCGGAUCACAGUACGACAACGGCACCCUGCUGUGUUCAUGCUGCCCUCAGCCUGGGCUCUGUCUAUUUCCUGGAGCGUGUCUACCAUGCACCAUUGGCUUCUAUCAACCACUGUCUGGGCAGCAGCAGUGCCUUCCCUGCCGACAGGGCUUCUACACAAACUUUACCGGAAGCCCAGUGUGUCUCCCUUGCCCUGCCGGAUCCUUCAACAACAACACCGGUGCAGACAGAUGUGCAAGUUGCUCUCCAGGUUUCUUCUCAUCUUUACACAGUUCCACUUCAUGCUCACCAUGCGCACAGGGGAGCUUUUGCAACUCCUCUGGUUGCUCCCAGUGUCAGAUCUGUCCUGGAGGGUCAGAGGCGCUACAGUCUGCAGCUAGGGUUUGCACACCGUGUCGGCCAGGGAUGCACAAGGCUCCGCACCAGACUAUGUGUCAGAUAUGUGGCAGCGGAUCCUUCCAGAUUCACUGGGGCCAAGAGAACUGUGAUGUCUGCCCAGAAGAUCAUUAUUGCCCAAGUCCAGACGUGAACCCCAUUGGUUGCCCCAGUGAUGCCUUCUGUCCUCAGGGCAGCUCAGCUCCCGGCUACUGCAUGGAGACUUUCUUCCGUAAAGCUGGGGACACUUGUGAAUUAGCUCCAGUUACCAUUGCUUUGUUAGUUAUUGGAGGAGGAGUCGCUCUGCUCUUUAUUACUCUAAUGGUCCUACGCAAAAUGAGAGACCCUGAUGGCGAGCUGACAGUGUCCCGGGCGCCAUUGUUACGCAAAGAGAGGCCUCAAGGUCGCUACUAUGGGAUUCCCGGUGAUGCAGAGCCUGUGUAUGCAGGCUGGUGAAUGGAUGGAAGGAACGCCAUUUGAUGAAUGACACUUAUUGAUGCCUUCGAGUGCCUUUAUGGUUCACCACCUGUGAAAUAUUGUACAUGAGAAGCACUUUUUACUGGAAUAAUUUCUUUGCACUUGAAUUCGGGCUGUAGACUCGUGUGUGCAUCCACCAGCUAAUUCCUUCAUAAAAACUGGGGCUUGUUUUAAUGCAUUUCAUUGUUGUUUUUCAUCUGUUUUUUUAAGAUUGUGUAUGUUUUCAAAAAAUAAAUAAUAGUUAGACCUUCAUCUUAUUAAGUGUCUU